UCGCGGACGGAAGGUGGUGGGGUGCGGUACAAGCCCUAGGGAGUAGUGUAGUUAGUGCGGUUACUUUUUUUUUUACGUUUAUUUUGUGAUAAUUUUGAGUUUUUCUACCGGACUCUUGCUGGAAAAUUGUGCGCCGAGGCAGUAAAUAAGUAAGCUAUCCACGGCUUGUAAAGAGUGUGUGCGUGUGCUCCUUCGUGCGUGAGUGCGCGCAGACACACGCAGACAAUGGAUAGUGGCAGUGCGAGCAGCGGUGGAACGUCGGAAGCAGCGAAGCCGGAGGCUGCUGCGACUACGGCAACCUCGCCGCACCCGGGGUGUGGCUGCGCCGCGUCGGCGUCUGCGUCUUCCUCGUCGUCGUCAUCAAGCCUGACCGUCAGGGUCACUCCGACGACGGGCGGGCAGUUCGAUUUGCAGGCUUCGAAGACGGACACAGUUGAGACACUGAAAAAACUGAUUUCGAAAAAGCUGAAAGUGCCCAAGGAGCGCAUAUGCCUGUUACACAGGGACAGGCAACUGCGCGAAGGAACUUUGCAAGAAAACCAGCUUGUGGACGGUAGCAGACUAACCUUAUUACCCAGUGUCGAGACUGGUUUACUGGCGCAGCGGCCGGAACAGAGCGUGAUGCAGGCCCUGGAGAGCCUCAACGAUUCACAGGUGAACGACUUCCUGUCCGGCAAGGCGCCACUGAACCUGACAAUGCGCCUGGGCGACCACAUGAUGCUGAUCCAGCUACAGCUGUCGACGGUGACUCCGAGCGGCGGGCGGCGCUCCGGCGCGUCGCCGUCCACGUCGGGGGCGAGCAGCACGUCGCGGGUGGCGGCUCCCGCCGCCACCACCUCCAGCGCCGCCCCCGCGCCCGCCGCCUCCCGGCACGCCCACUCUCACGCCCCCGCCACUUCCUCCUCCUCCGCCGCCGCCACUAGCAAACCGUCGCCCUCGCCGUCGUCGUCGUCGUCGUCCGCCGCCGCCGCCCCCGAGAUCUGCCGGUGCGACAGCUCGUCGUCCGCCUCCGGGCCCGCCUCCGCUGCCGCGGCCGCCGCCAGACCCACGCUCGACACCCGAGCCCUUGCCGAGGCGUCGCGCAAUCUGACGCAGACGCUCAAGCAGCUCUCCUCAGAGGACAAUGCAAGAGCACGAAGACAAGGUGCUAUAAUAGAAUCUAUGCACCAUCAUGGCAAGGGAGUGUACUCGGGCACAUUUUCUGGUACCCUGAAUCCAGCACUUCAAGAUAGAUUUGGACGGCCGAAACGUGACAUCAGCACUAUAAUUCACAUUUUAAAUGACCUGCUGUGUGCCACCCCCCAGUACCGCCGACACGCAAGUCGUACACAACAGCAGCAGCAGCAGCAACAGCAGCAGCAGCCACAACAACAACAGCAACACCACCACCACCAUCACCACCACCACCACCACCACCAGCAGCAGCAACACCACCAUCAACAGCACCAGCAGCAUGCUGCAGGAUCACAUGCCAGUACCUCAGCAGCUGUUGCAUCUUCUACAGCUGUGGCUGCAGCAGCAGCAGGAGCAGGAGCUUCUGCAGUGCCUGGAAAGCUAAUAACAGCAGCCAACAAGGUUCCACAUGUAGCAGCUAUCCAGUCUUUAUCAGACGAAUCUGCAAACCUUUCUCGAGAGAACCAGGCGACUCGUGGCAAGAUGGAACACUUGCGCCUGAUCAUGGAAGAACGGCGAGCACGCAGACGUGCCAGACGCGAAGCUAGGGCCGCACCCUACACAACUCAAUGGUCUGCCAAGUCUGAGCAGCUGGCCCCACAGUCAGGUGUCGAGCCGAUGGAUACAACAAAUUCUGCAGAGCAGAGUGCCCCGAGUACCACUACUGCAGACGUGGGGCCACCUGAGCCUGUAGUAGCCUGACCUGCAGCAACUGUAGGUGUUCCUGUGUAAUGGGACAGGCACUGGUGCCUACCUGAGGAGCUAAAGUCUCUCCAGCUUGCAAAAGUUGGAGGUCAGUCACUCUGGUGUUUCUUGUGCUGCAGCCAAUACCACAGAAUUUUAUGUAUUCCGGUAAUUUCUUUGGUAGAUAUUAAUGAAACACUCGUCAAUGUGCAAGCUUUUCAAGUACUCGAUAGCCUGUUGUUCAGAGUUAAGACUUAAACACCAUUCACUUGUAGGAAGAUGUGAUUUGUAAUGUAAUGUGUGUUACAUGAAAACUGUGCUGUGAGGUUGUUUUCCUCUCAUUUAUUCCAAGAAGGCUACACUUUAUGUACUGUGCAAGAAUGAAUUAUGUAUAUUUAUUUGCUAUUCCUACUGAUAGUUUCCUAAUAAGUGUGUUCUUAGAUUUCUACCUCUGUUAUUAAAAGCUCAGAGUUGGGCUGCUGAAGUUUGAAGGACUGAAGUUACUCAUUUACUUAAUAAGCACAUCAGUUUAAAAAUAAGUUUCCUCUAUUUGCCGAUGUCUUUGUAUGUAUUUGCAGAUACCUUUAUAUGGGCCAUGCAUUUUAGUGUAAUAAAAAUUAUGUUAGAUUUGCUCUUUCCGGUGAAAACUCCUGGAGGUUAAAAAAUGACUAAAUGAAUAAAUGCUGAUAAAAAAGAAUGUUUAUGUAAUUUUUUCUUGUGUGUUUAUGCAUCUGGAGCUUAAAUCCAUUUCUGUUUGAGUGCUUGAAAUACUUUUGUUCAGUAUGAAAUUCUCUAGCUCCUGGACAAUGUUGUUAUAUUUCUGUAGUAUAAUCUAUCUGCUUUGAGAUACAGCUGUCUUUUGAGUAACAAUUGUUUAAGAAAAUAUGCAGUUCCUGUGGCAGCAAUGAGGGAGUUGUACUGGAUGGAACUGAAGCAUUAUUAAAUUUUUUGUAAUGCUUGGAUUUUGUGUGCAUGUAUAGCUGCAUCCAUUAAAAGAUUUGCAUUAACUUCACAUCCUGUAAAAUUACUUGUGGAGGAAAAAAUAGCAAUGAGAGGAAAUACGACCAUGCUACUGCACUAAUAGAUCCCUUAGAUUUAAAAAUAAGAAAAGAAAAUGUUGGCAUCAUUUCAGGAUAAAAAUGAGGAUAGUAAAGCAUGUUUAAAUCAUCGUUAUUUGCAUGAUCGAAGCGCCCCUCUUAAAAGCAUUGUUUCAAAAACUUGAGGAAAGCUCAAGCAUUGAGGCUGUGUGUGUGUGUGUGUGUGUGUGUGUGUGUGUGUGUGUGUGUGUGUGUGUGUGUGUGUGUGUGUGUGUGUAGAGAGAGAGAGAGAGAGAGAGAGAGAGAGAGAGAGAGAGAGAGAGAGGAAAACUUGUAACAAGAGUUCUUGUAAAGUACUUUAUAUUUUUUUUUUUUUUUCCUUGUGAAGGGAAGAAAGUGAUUUAGAAAAUGGAGAUUUAUUCGUUUCUGUGAAUGUCAAGCCCAUCGAUAGUUUAGUGGAAGCCACAUUCUGUGACUUUCCAUAUCAAUACUAGUUUGUGUCCCAAUUAGUUCAAAAGUUCUUGUGGAGUGACUCACUACAGAGAAUUUGUUUUAGAAAGUGGAGCAAGAUAUAUUAACAAUGUAUUAUACUGUAUAGUGUAAUGUAUUAUAUCACUGUAAUUGCAUUUCUGAAGAUGACUGUAGAGUGUUUACAUAUAUUGAGUAUCAAACAGUUGUAUCUUGCAUUGUAUGUAUGUUUUAACUUUGCAUUCAUAUUCCUCGUGCAUUGUAAAACAGUUAGUAUGAGAGAGAUACAUAUAUUCAUUAUGUUGUUAAAUUUGUUUUAGUUUUAUGUAAUUUCAUUUUAAGAUGAAGAUAGUGAUGUACAAAUCAGUCCUAAAUGCUUUGUUUUAACUUAAAUAAUUUAACACUUUGUUGAAUACAACCAAGACAAAAGAAACUAAAUUUUUGUGAUGAAAUUCAAUAAAAAUACUUAUAGAAGGUGAACUUUUAAACCAACAAAGAUUUAUUUAAUCUGAAAGCUUUCUGUUAAGACUGUUUGACAGAGGUACAUUAAAGUGUGAUAUAUAACAACAUAUAAACCAGGAGCCCAGUACACUCUAAGCUUUAUGUAAACAAUAUAAAGGAGAGCUUUAUCUGUUCAAAUUGUAAUUCGCUUGCCUUCGUCUAAAUAUUUAUAGUACACUACUCUUCUACACUGGCAAAUUGUGUUUAAUUUGACUGGUAAUGUGGUUAAGAUUUAAGAAAGUAGUAAUGCAUGGAAUAUCAGUUACUGGAAAGAUUGGAGAGAUUAUUAAUGAAAGAACACUCACACAUGUAAAACACCAGUACCCCUGCUAUAUUCUCUGAGAAAGUUGCAAACAUUGCUCAGACUUAAAUAGAAAGUCUGUGGUCUUACUCAAAUUGUCUACCUCCAGACUUACUCAAUAAAUAUCAGGAAGAGAGGUAAAUCAGUAGAUUUGUCAAAUCAUAGAUAAAGUUAAGUUGAAUUUCACCAUAAAUUUAAGUUUCUUUAAAAAUUUAAAACUGCAUGUGCUUUCAUGUAUCAUGAAAGUAAUGCUUCACAGCUGCAUAGUAAGAAAAAAAAAUGUAUAUUAGUAUGGAAUUCAGAAUAAUUCUGGUGUAGAUGAGUGGAAGCUUUCUUCACUCGUUACUUGGGUUUCUCUAGCUUGUAGUGAAAUACAUCUAACAUCUGUAGAGCAUUGUAGUCAUGGAAUCAAAUUCAUACACAAUCGCAUUUUAAGAAUGGUUGUUCAAGUAGGGUAACAAAUAGUGUAAUGGUUAUUGGCAUUUAGUUCCUGGAAAUAAUUUUCUUUAAUUUUGUAAAUAAAUCAGUUAAAGCGACAAAUCACUUUAGUUGCUUAAAGUGAGAGAUACUGGCCGUUUUCAUGUCAUACAUUAUUAUAGCUACUAUUAUUUGUGAAUGAAGUUCAGUGACCAGUUCACAUAUUAAAAUGAAAGAAAUUGUGAGAAUUGUGCUGUGAUUUCUUUUUAGUCUGGAAUAAAUCAACCAUAUAAUCCCAUUUAGCAGUUAAAGGAUAUAUGUGCCGAAGUGGAAACUGGACAAUGUUGUGUUCAAAGGUCAUGUAGAAGUAAGGCAUAUUUUUACGAUAAUAAAUUAUGGAGAUAACUUACACUGCAAGGCAAUUGUUCUUCACUUUACGUCGAUUAGAGUAAAUAAAUUUUGUUCUUCCUGGUUU